AUUUGACGACAGCGCAUUGUUUUCUGAUUGGUCAAUGUAACGAGCCUGCGCAUAUCACACCUUCUUGGAAAAGUACUCCACUCAAAAUGGCAGCUGACGGUAGUGGUAGUGUUUCCUUUGUUUAGAACUUCAAAAUAAAAGUGUAGUGAAACGUUCUAAAAUGCCAAGCGCCUCUUUCACGGCCUCUAGGUCGUACGUGAGGAGGUCCCGAAGGAAAGGAGCCAACAGGAUACCCACACCAUCUAGGACGACUUCUGCAGAACCAUGCGAGCCGUCCUGCCCCGUACAGCAGCCAGCAGGGGGCGGUGCGGCCUCAUCAUCAGGCGCCGCAGCAGCCGCCGCUUCUGGUGCCGUUGCCGCCCCACAGGCACUGGCACCCGCCCCUUCUAAUGCUAAUGGAGGUGGUGUCGGCCCAGGAGCGGGACCGGGACCCGCGGCGGGGGGUGGACCGGCUGUCAUGGCGGCACACCAUUCUCCAUACGAUUUGAGGAGGAAGUCGCCCCAACAUGCUGGAGGCGGCGGGGGUGGGCCGGAUCUUGCUGGUGGAGGUGGGGUCAGUGCCGGAGGAGGGGGAAGCACAAGCGGGGGACUAGGUCCUAGUACCAGUGCUGCGACAGCGGGCGGAUCUCCAGCUUCGCCGACGGCCGGCGGAGGCGCCGUUGCAGCAGCUGCAGCAGCGGCGGCGGCGGCAGCUGCGGGCCAGCAUCAAGGCUAUGCUGCUAUGUUGCCAGCUAGGAAACGUCCCAGGAGGACAUGUUCCGCGUCCUAUGAGAGUUGCACAAAUACAGCAGCUCACUACCUACAGUACGAACUUCCGGACGAGGUUCUUCUUACUAUUUUCAAUUAUUUAUUAGAACAAGAUUUGUGUCGUGUCAGCCAAGUCUGCAAACGAUUCAAUGCUAUAGCAAACGACACGGAAUUAUGGAAACGGUUGUACCAGAGCGUAUACGAGUACGACCUACCGUUGUUCAACCCCUCGCCGUGCCGUUUUGAAUUUGUCAGUCCCGAAGAAUCGGAGCUGGCGAAUCCUUGGAAGGAGUCCUUCCGACAACUCUAUAGGGGAAUACACGUUAGGUUAGGUUAUCAAGACAUCACCUUCAAAGGGAGGAACUUAGUAUACUUCAAUACAGUACAGGGUGCUUUGGACUAUGCAGAUGAGAGAAGCGGAUCCAACAGCACGACAGGCUCAGUGUCUGGAUCCUGUAGUAACCACUCCAAUGAGAGUUCCUCUCAAGGUGCUCUGAUUUUCCUUCACGCUGGUACAUACCGUGGAGAGUUCCUUGUCAUCGACUCCGAUAUUGCUUUAAUUGGUGCGGCACCCGGCAACGUAGCCGAAUCUGUGAUUUUGGAGCGCGAAAGCGAGUCGACGGUGAUGUUCGUAGAGGGCGCUAAGAACGCGUACGCAGGCCAUUUGACGUUGAAGUUUUCUCCGGACGUCACUUCAACGGUGCCUCAUCACAAACACUAUUGUUUGGAGGUGGGCGAGAAUUGCAGUCCGACGAUCGACCAUUGCAUCAUAAGGAGCACGUCAGUCGUUGGUGCAGCAGUAUGCGUGAGCGGCGUCGGCGCGAACCCGGUGAUACGGCACUGCGACAUCAGCGACUGCGAGAACGUCGGUUUGUACGUGACAGAUUACGCGCAAGGCACGUACGAAGACAACGAAAUCAGCCGUAACGCGCUGGCUGGCAUUUGGGUGAAGAACUACGCGAAUCCCAUCAUGCGCAGGAAUCACAUACAUCACGGCAGAGACGUUGGGAUAUUCACUUUUGAUAACGGAUUGGGAUAUUUUGAGGCAAAUGACAUCCACAACAAUCGAAUUGCUGGCUUUGAGGUGAAAGCUGGCGCGAAUCCCACGGUGGUACACUGUGAAAUACAUCACGGCCAAACUGGCGGAAUAUACGUACACGAGAACGGUUUGGGGCAAUUUAUAGAUAAUAAGAUUCACUCAAAUAACUUUGCCGGCGUGUGGAUAACAUCGAACAGUAAUCCGACGAUUCGGCGCAACGAGAUUUACAACGGACAUCAAGGCGGCGUGUACAUAUUCGGGGAGGGCCGCGGCCUCAUCGAACACAACAACAUUUACGGAAACGCACUCGCUGGCAUACAGAUUCGUACAAAUAGCGAUCCUAUCGUGCGGCACAACAAGAUCCAUCAUGGCCAACAUGGCGGCAUAUACGUCCACGAAAAGGGCCAAGGGCUCAUCGAGGAGAACGAAGUGUACGCUAAUACAUUGGCUGGAGUGUGGAUCACCACUGGCAGCACGCCAGUGCUCCGAAGGAAUCGGAUACAUUCCGGUAAACAGGUCGGAGUCUACUUUUAUGAUAAUGGUCAUGGCAAGCUGGAGGACAACGACAUCUUCAACCACCUCUACUCCGGGGUACAGAUCCGCACCGGGAGCAAUCCUGUGAUCAGGGGAAACAAAAUUUGGGGAGGCCAAAAUGGCGGAGUACUCGUCUAUAAUGGCGGUCUUGGACUACUGGAACAGAACGAAAUCUUUGACAAUGCCAUGGCCGGCGUCUGGAUCAAGACAGACUCCAAUCCGACGUUAAAGAGGAACAAGAUUUUCGACGGGAGAGAUGGUGGUAUUUGUAUCUUCAAUGGUGGAAAGGGAAUCUUGGAAGAAAAUGACAUAUUUCGCAACGCCCAAGCUGGUGUGCUGAUAUCCACACAGAGUCAUCCAAUUCUGCGGCGGAAUCGGAUCUUCGAUGGUUUAGCUGCAGGAGUUGAGAUAACUAACAACGCCACAGCCACACUGGAAUUCAACCAGAUUUUCAAUAACCGUUUCGGCGGUCUGUGCCUGGCUAGCGGCGUGCAACCAAUAGUGCGCGGUAACAAGAUCUUUAACAACCAAGACGCCGUCGAGAAGGCGGUGUCUAACGGUCAAUGCCUUUACAAGAUCUCCUCGUACACCUCCUUCCCAAUGCACGACUUCUACCGCUGCCAGACGUGCAACACCACCGAUCGCAAUGCCAUCUGCGUCAAUUGCAUCAAGACCUGCCAUGCGGGCCACGAUGUCGAGUUCAUCAGGCAUGACAGAUUUUUCUGUGAUUGUGGUGCCGGUACGUUGACGAACCAAUGCCAAUUACAGGGCGAGCCGACGCAGGACACGGAUACCCUGUACGAUUCCGCCGCUCCCAUGGAAUCCCACACACUCAUGGUCAACUAAAUGGCACACGUUUCAUCACAGCGAAAGGUUAGCGAAACUGUAUACAGUGAAACCCGAAUAGAGUGAAGGAGAAAAACGCCUCUCGCGAAUUGACAUUCUGUGCUCACGUGUGUAUACGAACAUUUGGUGAUUAAAAGAGUGUUUCAAUGUUCUAUGUUUCUUAUAUUAGAGUGGAAGUUGUGUGUGAGUGUGAAAGAAACAGGUUUAGUCUGUCUAUAGUCGCUGAUGUGAAGAUAAACAUUUAAAAUCGCACAUUCUGACAUGGAUUGGCAUCGUUGCGAUGUAAUUCUGUUUCCGAAAGUAUCCGCCGUUGAAUACGGUGAUUGUCCGGGAUAACUUUUAAUUCGGAUUAAGCAGAUAUUGUUAUUAUAGAAUGUAAUAUCUACCAAUCACUAGGUAUUGUGAGUGACUUUAAAGUGACAUUUGAUAUGAGCCGAAACUUGGCAAAGAUUUUGCUGGCCCCGAAAUGAAACCAGAUUUUUUCGAACUACAGAUUCAGUUUUUUGCCUGUUAAAAGUCCAAGCACUUGUCCCGCGAAAAUGUCAUUCGAAAAUGCUUGACAUAUGGCUGUCUAUUUCCGUCUUCAUUGUUGAAUGUUUAUUGACGUUUUCGUGCGAAUCGCUCCACUUUUCCUUAUGGUGGAGCGAUUCACAUCUAUCAAAGCUAUCCAGUGGCCUUUGGAUAGCUUUGAUAGACCAUCACAUUUGAUCAACAAUCAAAUCACAAAAAAUAGCUGCAAAUACGGAUGUAAUGUUCUGUCAUCAAUUAGUGUUCAAAGGGUACUGUAAAAGUUUUGCAAUACAGGUUUAUUCAUUGACUUCGUUCAAAGUAAUUUCCACCACAUUCACUACACUUCACCAUCCGCCAAAACCAGUCCUUAAACCAGCGCUGCCAAGUUGCUGGAGCGUUGUCAUGGUGGAGGUACCAAGUGUCCAUUCUUGACUUCGGCCGCAAGUUUUUCACAGACUUUAUGACUUUAGGCAGACACUGUUCUGUGUACCACUUAGCUGUGACUGUCCAAAACGACGACACGCUCCACAAUCCCGCUCGAUUUGAAAAAUACACCAAUCAUUUUUUUAACAUCGGGAUUUUCUGACAGCUACGGGUGUGACCUCAUCAUCAAAGACCCAAAAUUUGUUUUGUGCCAUUUUCAGCAUCUUUCGACACCAAGUCGUACGACGAGUCUUCUACUCUUCCGUCAGUUUAUGCGGUACCCAGAGAAAACAAAAGUUUCGUUAUGUGUAAAUCGUCAUGCAGAAUUGAAUGAAUUGCUGGUGCAUGAAGGUGUAAGGUCUCCGCUAUCCAUGAUACUAUAACUCGAGAAGAUAGACUCACUUCGCGUUACAAUUUCGCACCGCUUUGCGUAUGACGUCACUGCGAGACCUACGACGCGGCACGACACGACGGUUGGUAUGUUAGGCCAAGCGACAAGGCGAUAUGGAAUGGCGGACCAUUAUCAUACAGAAAUAAAUUUUCCAUUAAUUUGACUCUACAACAUUUUACUUUGAGGUCAAUCAUUUAAUAGAUGCCAAGAUGUUAAAAAUAAAUGUAAUCGAAUUUGCUAAGGAAGGAAAAAAAUGAGAGUAAAAAUAGUGAUAGCCUUUAUUAAAAAAAUAUUUAUUUACAAGGCAAAGUUAUGUACACACCUUUACAUAUUUCCUUUUGCGUAGUUUGUAUUGUUCUCUCAUGUUUUUAUUUAAAAGCCUAAUUUUGAAAUACAUUUUACAUUUAAAAAUAAAAGUUUAGUAUCCUUAGUCAAAUCUAUAUGUUCCGAAGACCUGAGCAAAGAUUCUAGAUAUUUGUCUGAGAGCUUUUAGCGUAUCCCCAUUGAAGGUUUGUAAAAUUUGAUCUUGGGCAUAGCAUUUUGUUAAAAAAACUUCAUGAGGCUUCCUUGCCGCAGUCUCAAGUUGUCAUCUUGAAGAUAUUUUAUUUUUUCCAAGAGUAAAUCUGGCCUAAAAAAUCGUUUGUGAAGUGCAAAAAAUAAGCACGAAGCAGACAUUUUUUAAAAACAAACCUUGUUUGUGUAGAAACUUCAAUUCUUCUUUCCUCUGAUUGUGAUGAUGUGCCCGCAUUUAUAUCAAUUUUUCUUCUGGUUUCUGAUACUUCAAUUGGUGUUUCAUAAAUUUCAUGCCGAGACCUAAAAAAGCAUGAAACAUUUCAAAUCUUAAAAACCAUAAAAAUACUUGGACUAAUCAAGGUAAAAAUUUUUGAUUUUCGCAUAUCUUGUGCAGAAGAUUCAAUUUCAUCACCAUAUUUUGGAAGAUUUAAUGAAGGAACAAACAGCAUCUGGUUUCAGUGUCCAUCUAUCCUUUGGUAAUUCUAAUAUUUUCUCUAUCCAGAAAAUCAUCGUCCGUAAAAUGCUGUUUACAUAUUCUAGCAGUUCUAAUCUUAAAUUUAUUUUGUUGACGACAUUUAUGUACCCAUUUUGCACGAAUGUCCUUGUUUUUGAGGAAUGUAAAAAAACGACAUUUUAUAUAAUGUUUGCUCGUCUUCUUGUUACUGCUGCAGGAACCAAAUAUUGCACAAUACAUCAUAAAACGUACAUACAACUCAAAUUUCAGCGACAAGAUGCACCUUCACUCACAGUAACAAAAUUGUGAACAAAUACAAAACCAUACAACACCACAAACAAGACUUCGAAAAACAAAUCUAACCUCACUACUGUUUCAAGUGACAGUCGACAGAGCUAGGUCUCGCAGUGACGUCACUGAAAGUCCGUCAACGGUCGCAGGCUGCGCGUCUUCUCGAGUUAUAGUAUCAUGUCCUCUAUCUGUUGGUAUGUCACUCUCCGGUCUUCGUCAACCGUUCGCCCUUCUCGCUUGGCUUCGAGGUAACCACUUGCGCUUCACCUCCUUUGGCAGUCAUGUUACAGAAUUGCACUUUUUCAAUCUUAAAUGAAGACAACUUCCCAACAAUGUCGGAAAGUGACACGACGUAUUUCAGAAGCGCGUUCCAUAAAUAAACUCCCGGAAAGCGGUCGCUGUGAUCCCGUAGCCUGCAAGCAUUUGAGGAAACUCUGGCCUGCGAGUACCAAUUGAUGAUAGUUUGCCAACUAGGUUGCUCGUAAACUCAGUGCCCUCGGGCUUGUCUACGCGGAUGUUAGGUAUCGGCUCUUCAUCUCUCGAAGCUAAUGCCAUUACCAUAUCACCUGCUAUUUCGUCGAAAAGGUUAUGCAUGGCGACGGUGACACUAGAUGAGUGAUAUCCACCAAAUCCCUGAACAACGUGGACGGGCAAGGGAGGAAUCUCAAGUUGAGUUUCUUUUCCCAUGCUGUCGGUGUAAUUGCCAAUGUUACUAAGGUAAAUAAACAACGGCUGUGGGAUGUUAAAAAUAACAUCUUUCACCGCUUUGUUCAAUUCUUUCUCGUCGGUUGACAAUGGACUGCUUUUGUUUUUAGCUUGUCAAGCAGUCUAGACCAUAGAUAGAAUGUGCUAAGGUAACUUAGCUCUUCUUUCGUUAUCAUGCGCUCUAGUUGCUUCUCAUCGGCUAAAUACGUUGAAUAUAGCUCGGAUGACACGUCUACAACCUUUGCGAAGUUCGCGCUAAAACGUUGUUCUGGCUUCUUCGGCAUCAGGGACAUUUCUGGCCCAAAUAUUGCGUUGGAAGCAAGAUCGUCGUUCAUCUGCGGCGUUGCUUUCUUCUGCUAGUUGGGUUGGUGCUGGUAAGUCUGGCUUUGAUGGCCCCUUACUCUUAUCUUGAGCAUUAUUCAUUGAUUUGUCGCUGCCUUUGGAUGCAUUUGGGUUCCCCUUACUCUUAAUCUUAUUGAUAUCAAAGUUCUGAGGUUUACCCCUGUAUCCGGGUGCGAUCUUGCGAAUUUCGUCUGCGGUAUAUUGCUUUUCCAUCUUGACGGUUCGCUGAAACUAUUUAUUCCUAUCAGGAUCCAGGUUUCAAACUCACCUCUGUUAUUGACUUUCGCGGCCGUCCUCCCCUCUCAACGUCCUCCGGAGUGAAAUUGCCUCUUUGGACUUCUCUGUACCACCUGAAUAUAGUCGCUUCAGAGGUAGUUUUCCUCGGUGAUUUCAAUGCCCAUAAUGAGCUUUGGUUUGGCUCAAACAAGUCCGAUGCAGCAGGUCGUGCAGUUGAAGUAUUCGCUCUUACGCACCUUUCACACGAUCCGGCGCGCGCUGGAUGCGGCGUUGAGCUAUGAGAGUAGAUGAGCCUUUCCACACAAUAUCCGGCGCGCGCUGUAAAUAAAUGCGGCCUCUACGCCGGAUUACUCUGCGAAGGGCUAUUGUUGUUAUUGGGAUUCGGUCCGGCGCGCGCUGCACGGCCCAACCUCUACUGGGCCUGGCACUCGAUGUGUAACCUCUCCAAAAUGCCCUAAAUUUGGCUUGGAAAAUGAUUUUUAUUUAUUCUAAAGUACAGAAUGUAUGAAAUUAUUUGAAAAUGCAGAAAAAAGUCACUUUGGCUCAAUAUGACUUUUGCCUUGACUAUAGCAUUGAGACGGUCCAAAAACGAAUCAAAAGCUGCCCGAAUGUGACUUGACGAUAUUUUGGCCCACUAACGAAGAAUGGCUUUCUUCAGUGUCUCGAGGCUGGUGUAUUUCUUAGCUCAGACCUUGCUCUCCAAAAUGGCCAUGAGAGAAUAAUCCAUUGGAUUCGCGUCGGGUUAAUUCUAGAGCCAUUGUGUGGUCGGAACUAAGUUCUGAACGUUGUUUUUCAGCCAUUCUUGGUUCAUUCGCGCUGUGUGAGACGAUGCCUAGUAUUGUUGAAAUGACCAUGGUCUGCGGCCGAAAUGCGGUCUGCACACGGCUUCAAAGCAGCCUCCAGAACACUUUCCCGAUAUGUCGCAUUUAGUUCAUCAAAUGAUUUGAUUGGCAUACGAAAGUACGAAAGGAAUAUUUCCUCACUGUUCCGCAAUGAAUUGAACAAAACUUUGAAGGACCCAGAGGUAUGUCGAUUUUGAAGUAAUGGGUGAUCCAAAACCGCCUAUUUCUUCUUAUACGCCCUCUCCAUAACAAGAACAUGGCUAGUACUUUCUCUUCUUCCGCGCUGUGUCAAUUUCAAAUAACUACCACCAACACUCUAAAUACAGAAGCGCCGCGCUUGUCAGGCUUGCGCCGGAUCAUGUGAAAAGGGCGUAACUCAAGGGCUGACCCAGCUAGUGACAAGCCCUACUGUUUUCCCCCGCGUCUCGUCACGUACCAGUAGCCUGCUGGGUCUCUUUCUGACUACGCAUCCUAUCCCUUACAGCACUGCUGUCCUGUUACCCCCGGGUAACUCAGACCACGGUGUUGUGGAGGUUAGGUUUCGGUCAGAACCCGCUGUAGCAGCAGAAACUCGCACACGACUCAAAAUUUGGGUAUACGGACAUGCCGACUGGGAAGGGCUCAGAGACUUCUUUUCUACCUUUCCUUGGAGAGAUGUCUGUUUCACUGACGUCGAUGCGUCGGCUGUCUGUUCUUCGAUAACCGAAAUUAUCCACGUCGGAAUGGAGGAAUACAUCCCUUAUACAGUGAAAGUGCCUAAACCAGGGUCCAACAGCUGGUUUAACAAAUCGUGUGACACUGCUCGCCCGCAUAAGAUCAAGGCACACAGAACCUACUUACAAAACCUCAUUGCACAGAACAGACAAGCCGACGUCGAGUCUAGAAACAAAUAUAACGAAGCGGUUCGCAAUGCCAAAAACCAGCACGAUAUAAAAUUUAGGCACAGGGUAAUGUCGCAGCGCAAUGGCAGUCGGUCUUUCUGGACGCUGGCCAAGCAGAUUGAAAAGUACUUCCACCACUUACGUGUCAGAAUGGAACAAUUGUAUCCGACUCAAAGGCCAAGGCAGAAGUGCUUGCUAAGAUCUUUGCUGCCAACUCCACCAUGGACGUCCCCCCCCCCCCACGCCCAAGUGCCAUCAAUUCAAAGGGUUCCCUACACUAUGCGGGAGGUAACAUUCAGUCAUAAGACCGUAAGACGAGUGCUCUUGUCGCUCGACAUCAACAAAGCUUCUGGUCCAGACUUGAUUCCUGUCAUUGUACUGAAGAGGUGUGCAGCAGCGGAGCUUGCUCCAGUUCUUUCGCGUCUUUUCUAGAUAUCUUAUUAAUCCAGCACCUUCCCAGAAAACUGGAAAUUUGUUCAUGUCCAUACCAUCCCAAAAAAGGGAUUUAAGACCGACCCUUACAACUACAGGCCUCUAACUCUUCUUUCUGUUAUAAGUAAGGUGAUGAGAGAUGCAUAAAUCGCGAGCUUCUGGACGACCUCGAACGUCACAACUUGAUUAACGACAGGCAGUAUGGUUUCCGGCACCAGCGAUCCUCAGGGGAACUCCUAGCUUAUGUCACGCCAUUGUGGAGUAAACUCAUCCAGUCUUAUGGUGCGUUCGAUCAGCAAACUUCCAUCCUACGGCCUCCCAGAAAAACUUUGCAGAUGGGUGGCUGACUUUAUCUCUGGCCGCAAGAUAUCCGUCGUAAUUGACGGGUUCUCCUCUUCAUCAUACAACGUCAUCGCGGGUGUUCCCCACGGAUCGGUCUUGGCUCCGACACUGUUUCUCUUACAUAUCAACGAUCUCCUUUACUGCACGCCCAACCCAAUCCGCAGCUUCGCUGAUGACAGCUACAUAUAGGAAUUCAGAGUGACAAGCCGAUCUCUGCCGCUGAGCUGGAAAAAAGAAGACUAGCGACGACUUCCUCUGUGACGAGAGACCUGGAGGUUAUCACUGAUUGGGGACGCAACAAUCUUGUACAGUUUAAUGCUUUCAAAACACAGUACUGUACCUUGACGAACAAAUAGCAUCCUAGCGCUGGCCGAGUUCUGCCAAAGAGCCAUUCAUCAUCUCGUCAAUAGCGGCAGCUGCUGGCAAAAAGCUAGGCUAUUUGUUUAGGGCUAAGAAGUACUUUUCCCCGCAUGACCUUAUCUCGCUAUACAAGGCCCAGAUAAGGCCUAGCCUCGAGUAUUGCUCACACGUUUGGGGUGCUGCCGCCCCGACUACAUUUUUUAUGCUCGAUGCUGUCCGACUGAUCGACGACUCUCUAACAGACACACACACCACCACCACCACCAACGGGCUUUGCUCCUCAGAGCUCUCUUCCAUGAUGCAGCCGCGCGAUGUGCCUGCCAGACAGACCCGCCUGACUUUGGCGUUCCAUCCUAACCGUGUCGAACUUCGUACAUCCAGAAUUGGCCGAUACGACCGCUCCUUUGGGAUCAUCAUAGCAUCCGCGGUGUCCCGACGUUUAGGCUUCUGCCUGCGCAGCUGCUUUGGUAUAAAAAAAACAAUCAUUCUUUAAUGCAAGCGUAAAGUUAUACCGUAAAAAACCGCCCUUGUCUCACUAAGUGGCCAUAGUCCUCACUUUAGACUGUCAAUAUGUAACAGUAACAUGCAGCCUCCUGAGUCCGUUCGUUAAGUCAUAUUGCAAAACUUUUAUAGUACCCUUUGUAUUUGCAGUUUUUUCACUAACUUAUUAUUACUGUGUGGAUACAUUUAUACAGGGUGACUUUGAAGUUGAGUCAUUAAUUUUCAGAUAAUGAUUGUAGAAGGAAGAUAAACCAAAAUAUGUGUGUGAAAAUAAAGAAAAAAUUAAAAAAAAAUGUUUACCUUGUUUUGUAAAGUAUCUUCCCGACAAGUAUUUCAGUGCGGACCUGUAUUUGAUCGUGAGGUCCCCUGUGAGGUCUUAAGUCACCUGAUUCACGAGCCCGUUGUACUACAUUAACAAAGGCACGAGGGGUUGGUUGCACUCGAUUGGGAAACCGAUCCGCAUAAACAUGUGCCAUUUUUUAUUUCGUUUGAGCCACGCAACAUACACCACUAUUCACUGACACUGACUGUAUACAAAUGAAUAAAAUAAUUGUAAAAACAUCGUUCCAAAUUCUUUCGCUUUUUUGUUUCCGAUGCGAUGAACCGAUACGGCGGAUUAUAUCCGUUGUCGCCAAACAUGAGCACAUAAUAUUAUUAUUGAGACAGGGCGGUACUCAAACUUCCAAAGGGCUAUAACUUUGUUACUUUAAUUUUACCAGAAAAAUGGUAAAGGAAAAAAUAUUUCUUUUGAUCAGAUCUACUCACUGUUAAAAUAAAUGACUCAACUUCGAAGUGGAAAUGCUUUUUGUAUAAAACAGUGACUAAAGAUUUACUUUAAGUUUGAAUCUAACAAAAGAUGUUGACAGUUUGAGACUGUUCAGAGCAGAUUGUUCGAUAAUUUGUAACAAUCUUAUUGAGAAAUCAAGCGAUCCGUGACUUUUAAUGAAAUAGAUUGACCCAGCAGAUUUCAGUCACUUCUAAACAAUCCUAUGAGUGCAUACUUUUCAUAUCUGCUGUGAAAAUCGUAUUUGAAAAUGUAAAACUACCGUUCUAAAUGAAUUUGACUGUGAUAAAAAAAAUUGAACAGGUUGUAUCCAUGACAAAACUAAAUAUGCGUGACUGGGGUCAAAAAGUGAAAUUGCAUAAUUCUUUAACCUUAGUGAAUUUUUAUGAACGCUUAUUAUUUAAAUGCCUCGAAUUUGUAUUAGAAACGAAUUGUCAUAAAAAAUAGUAUAUAGUUUUCACAUUGUUUUAACAGUUUCUCAUUUCAUGCCACGUAUUUUAUAAAAAACUAUUCAAGUAGGUAUGGAAUCUAUGCAUUGUGCAAUUAAAUUUUUAGAAACGGCCUAAGGCUGUAAAUCUGUUCUUACAUUGAGUUAACACUAUCAUUUUGUUCAUAGAUUCUAUCAGUAGGGUAAAUAUGCUUGAAAACGAAAGAAUAGAAUAACUGACAAAUUAUGCAGGAUUCUACAUUUUUUUAAAAUAGUACUAUUUAACAGUAACAUCGUCCACCAGUCUCAUCACUAAAGAUAAAUGUAGUUCUGUGAUAAAACAUUUAAUGAUAUGAAGAACCUAGGAACAAGUUAUUUUACCAAAAUUGUAUAAACAUCAAAAGCUGCCAGAAAGAUAAAACCCCACUUUCUGCGGGUUAUUCUACUCGUUUGUUUUCAUGAAUAGCAGAAUAGCAAGUUGAAAGUAUACUGGAGUCAUUUGUUGAAUCUACCAAUUUGAUAACGUUAGUUCAUUAUUUAUGAUCAAAGUAAAUGUGAGCACAUACAUGCCUUUAAUCUAUUUCAGGCAUUUCUUAUCUAUGGUAACUGGCUUAAUGUAUUCCUUUUUUGUUAAGAUUAGCUUUGUACAGUAACGGAUGUUAAUGGUUUUUUGUUUAAGUUUAUACUCCUACGUUUAGUUCAUUGUUAUGAUAGUUAUUUUUUAAUUCUAUUUAUUUUUGUUUAGUUAGUAGGGUAUGCAAGUGAAGCUAAACAGCAAAAUAGUCGCGCUAUAACAUGCUGUCUCGACGAUCUCCGCUUAACGUGACUACUUGCAAUUUUUUUUAGGCUGGGUUUGAAUCAGUUAAUGGUAUCAGCGGUAUCAAUGGUACUCAAAAACUUUUGAGAUCAGCAAGAACAUUUCGAGUUAACACCCAUAUUUAGACUUCAUCCUUGAGGGUAAAUAACCCUUGUAGCAAAUUUUGACGACUGAUCAAACUUGAAAAUUCGAGGUGAAGCUACGAAGUCUUUUUUUUAUGUUUGUUACUACAAUCUCUACGAUACUAUUAAUGCCAGUAAUUUUUGAUUUCAUAGCAAAUUACUCUGCCUAAGUCCCAGACUUACCUCUAGUUAUGUUCAAUCGUAUAUCGGUCGAAUAUAAUUAAAUGUAAAUUAUAAACGUUUUUCGGAUAUAUCAACAAUUUUCGAGUAUGCUCAUUAAAAAAAAAUACGUAUUGACAUUAGGCAGUUCUUCAUCACUAUCAAGAACUCUUCUAUAGAGCUUACAGGACGUCGUAGCUCUAUUAAAAAUGUCAUUUGGGUACAGAAAGUUCUAGAUAAAUGCACAAAAAUAUGUUCUGACGUAUUAUUUUCCACCCUGAUUUCAAUUGUACGCGAUGGCGUAAAUUGAUUUAUAGCUUUAAAACAAAAAAAUAGCCCAUUGUAAAUAGUAAAGUGUGAUUGUGGACUUUUGAGUGUUGUGCAAAAAUUGUCUAUACAAUAAUAAAUGAAUACUAGGUGAUCUGUAAUAUGCACUAGUAUGUAACAAUUAAACUGUUAAAAACAAGAGGACUGGCAGAUGCGACCGAAAGAAACUUAUAAUUAUAUUAUAAAGGGUUUUCCAUUAAGGACUUGACAACUUUCUUUUUAAAUAAAACGCAACCCAUUUGAGAUAUCUCGAAAAUUCGACCUCGUUCAUAUGUCCACCACGGGCACGUUCGCAGCGAUCGAUUCGUUGAACCCAAGUUUUAAUGACUCGGCCACACAUUUCGACAGAAACAGUCGCUACUAUAUCUCGUUCAAUAUUGGCUCUGAGCUCCUCUAACGACGCCGGCUUGUUGGCAUAGACCAAUGAUUUAAUGUAGCCCCACAAAAAAAGUCUAAAGAUGUUAAGUCACGAUCUAGGCGGCCAUUCGACAGGACCAUUUCUCGAUAUAAGACGUUCACCGAAUUUUGAUUCAAUACGUCGAUUGUUACACCCCACGAUACACAUACAGUGAAGAUAGGAUAUUGCGGUGUGCUGUUGUAAUUCCGACAAUCAGUGUAAACGGAAUCUUUGCAAAGGCAUGAAGUUCCACGGUUUUCCUCAAGACCCAAACUUUAGCAAAAAAUGGCUACAUCUCACAAAAAGAUAAGACAAAGUCAAUGUAAAAAGGGUUUGCUAGAAAAUGCUCUAGAGGAUCUGGAACGACGCUUCAGCGUCCAAUACCUGUUAACAAGGCGUCUUAAUCAAUAUGUGAUAGAAACAUUUUUCGGAGUAAUUAGGGCAAAAGAUGGUUUCAUGACCAUACAAGUCCUCUAGAGUUUAAGUAUAGAAUAAGGUCAUAUAUGUUGGGGCGAAACGAAGGCGCAUACUCAGAGUAUCUAUUGCAGCGUAGAGUCAGAGGAUACUCCAGACAUUCCACUAAUCGCAUCAUUAACGAGAAUAUACUGAAUGCACCUGAAUAUAGGUAAUGUAGAAAAAUGGAGCUAUCUUGUUAUUACGAUACGCUCUAUUGCGGAGCUAUAAGCCGUUUAAGCUAUAGCCUGUGAAAUAGGAAUUACAGGGUUGAAAUCUCUUAUUAAAACCCACAUUUUGUUUUUUAUAAAAUUUCAAUGUAGCUAGUGUCACUCGCAUCGCUAAGACGAAUCCAACGACACCUCAUAUGUGAAAAUCCGUCCAGCCGUUUAGCCUGUAGGUGAAAAUAUUCACGUUAUCCAUAUCAACUCAAAUGAUAAUCACUCUCCGCGUGACGUCAUGCGCGCCGGCGGACGAAAAUCGAACAGCGGAGCAUACGGCCCUGGUUUCACCCGCUGUGUGGCUUGUGGCACAGACUUGUUGAAACCACAUUCAAUUGACCAAAAAAAUAACGUUGCAACAUGUCUCUGUAGCGAUCUCCGUUGACGGAAAAAAAAACAGCCCAAUGACGCCACCGGCAUGAAAACCACACCAUGCAGUUAUUUUUUGUGGAUGAAGUGGUGUUUCUUGAAGCACUUGAGGGUUUUCAUCUGACCAAUAAUGCAUAUUCUGUUGUUGACGAAGCCGUUUAGCCAAAGAUGCUCCUCAUCACUGAAGAUGAUUUUGCGAUGAAAUUGGCCAUUUUCUUGCAACAUUUCUAGAGCCCAAUUCGAGAACGUACGUUGGUUCGUAUGAUCGAACGGCUUUAGUUCUUGAGUUAACUUGAUCUUAUUAUAAGGGUGCAGGCCAAGAUCUCUUCGCAAAAUUCGCCAUAGUGUGGCCUGAGCGAUGCCCAAUUCUUGAGAACGCCGUGUUCUGUUAGUUUGCGACGGAAGCUCGAACGGCAGCAGUAUUCUCGGCACUUCGACCAACCCGUUGUCCCACUGGCACGGGAACACCCUGCAGCGAAUAUGUACACUCAGUUUUUUUUUUUACUAACGCUCUUAAAGUUGCAGUCGCCAACUCGGAAUUUCGGUAGUAAAUUUUAAUUAUUUGUAAGCGUUGUUCGGUGGUGUACAUGAUAAAAAUGUUUAAUUGAUUUAAAAGUGCAUUCACAGUGAAAGUUCAAAGUUAUCAAGUCCCUAUUGGAAAACCCGAUAUUAAUUUUAGGUUGUUCAAAAUCCGUGUAAACAUCUUGCUGCACUUCUUGUGUUCUUUCGCUAGAAUAUGUUGCUCAUUUGCAGAUCACCUUGUAUCUAAUGGGUGGUACUAGCUAGUAUCCGCUGUAAAAUAUCAGUAUUUUUUGGAUUUUUUUAUUUGGUCGUUUUAUGAUGAGUGUUCCUGUAUAUAUUUAUUAAGCAAAAGUGUUAUGUAACCCAGAGCUUUCAAACAAUAUUAUUUCACAGUUGUUAAAUAAGGAACCCUUGAUUCAGGAGAAAUGAGGGAAGUUUUUCGGUGCCAUAAUCACCCACAUAUUUAAUAGCUAUAGUUGAUGAGCUGCCCAAUACUUAAAUUAUGUCAAUUUUCUCAAAUAUUUGAUCCUAUUAGAAUCUAAUCUUCGGUCUAGAUGCCAUGGGAACUCUCCACUUGGAACCUCUUUGUAGUGAAAACUAAGAAUUUGUCUUGACAGUUGGGAGAAACAGGAAAGUUGUCAAAUAAUGAAGGUAAUAGCGAGACCUCAGACCGAAAACUUCCACCUUUUUCUUAAAGAUAAUAUUUGACAAAUCCCACUCCAAUCUGCCCAUUCAAAUAAGGUUUCCUCAGGAUGAGAGGACCCCAAGAAUCGACUAUGCAUACAGUCUUUGACAUGGGCAGCUCUUCUGAACAUACAUAGUCUAAGAAAUGUUUUUGUACUAUCCCUAUUAAGAUUAAAUCUUGCCUCUUAUGAAAUCAAUAACUGGGGACAAUCAUAUUCCCCUUGAUCAUUUUAUUUAUUUUUGGACAUUUUUAUCCCUAUACCUACAAGCUCUAUAAAACUUUGGACAAAUACAUUAUUUUCUAUUUGAAAUGGUGGCAACUAAAUAUCAAUAAUAUUGGUUACCCUUUUGAAUUCCAAAUAAUGGGUCUUAUUUAUUUAUUCAGAAAAGGAAAUUUAAAAGGAGAACAAAAAAAGUACGUUGGGUGCGUUGGAUACAAUAUGACUGAUGUCUGUAUAUCAUAUUUGUAACAUAUUGUCCUUUUUCUAUAAUAAAUAAUUAUUACUAAUUCAUGUUGUUUAAGUUUAGGAUAAGUUUAUGUCGGGCUUUAUUAGACGUACUGACGAAGAUCCUUAGUAUAUAGCUAGCACUGUAUUGUACUGUGUACAUUAUUUAAAAAUAUAUGGCUACAUAUUUAA